AUGGCCUGGCAGCCACAGUCUGCCAUGGCCGGAAAUGGUGGAAUGGGUGGUGGGAGUAUGGAUGCGAGUAACGGUGGAGGCCAGCCUCAGGGCACGGAAUAUACGUUACAGGGUGUGAUGCGAUUCCUACAGACCGAGUGGCAUCGACAUGAGCGUGACCGAAACGCUUGGGAAAUCGAGCGCGCUGAGAUGAAGUCGAGGAUUGGGAGACUAGAAGGCGAUGCUCGGACGAGUAAAAGGAUGCAUGAGUCUCUGGGGAAGCAUGUCCGAAUCCUGGAGGUCGCGUUGAAGAAAGAGAGGGAGAAAUCGAGCAAGUUGGCUGCAGGGGAGAAGAUCGAACCCAGUGUCGACCCUAAAGAAGUUGCCAAAAAGAGUCUCAAGGCUCUGGAAAUGAAACAACCGAAGCCGUCGUCCGGUCUCGAUAAUUACGCCGACGAUGAGGAGUCCAACAGCCCUGACGCCCAACACGAAAAUGAACGAGACAAAUCUAGGCUGUACCUUGGAAAAUGCACACAAGAAGUUGCUUACCAUAUCAUCCCCGGAUCUCAUCCUCCUCCGGAAAUAAACGAGCAGGAGCUGUUGAAUCAUGACUACCAGCAACAUCAUAUGCAACGACAACCGUUGGACAGUAGUUAUAUUCAGGAGCACCAACGGCAGCAGCAACAAUCUGUGCCACAGCAAAAGCAACAAUUAGUCCCAGCACAGCCUCAAUUGAAUCAUGUGAGCAUGGUUCGAGAACCAGAAGGCUGCCAAAUGAUGAUGCCAACGUAUAACGAAAACGGUGCCCAGGGUUCGGCUCAACGGGAGUUCCUUGAUAGGAGACCCCAGGAACCGCAACGAGCAAACGAAACCACGCAGGAGGAGCGCAACGUCAACUAUGAAUUCCCAUCAAAGACCGAAGAACCCUCACAAGCUGAGAGCAAGUCUCCAGAAGCACUUUCAGGAAAGGAAGAUUUUGGGAAGCCAACGACUAAUGAUAUUAUUGUUGACGAAGCCGAUGGCUGGAAUUUCGAUGAAGCGCCCUCGACCGAGCCCACCCCGGCUCCUGUCACUCGCCGCCCCGACACAGAUGCUUUCCCCAGUGCCAACUUCAUUCCCCCCAAGUCUCCCACCCGUGGACGUGGAUCCAGGAGAAAGAGUUCUAGCGGGAGAAGACGAAGUGACGGUAACCCUGAUAUCCGUGAACUUUCUGGAUCUGUUGGCCCAAAGGCAGAUACAACUAACUUCAAAGUACGGUUUGCUUUACGUGGGCACUUGGAUGUAGUUCGAUCCGUAAUAUUUACUGGCGGUGGAAGUCCCUCGGAGCCCGAAAUCUGUACCUGUGGUGACGAUGGAACUGUCAAGCGAUGGAUAAUACCCGCAACGUACGGCGUCUUCGGCUCCAAUGUUGCAGCUCCAGGGUCAGAUCUUGAUGUUACGAGCUAUUUUACUCACCGUGGGCACAACGGCUCUGUCACUACCCUUGCUGCUUGUCCGCCAUCCCAGAACUUCUCCAGCGGUGGUCGUGCUACUGGCGAUGGCUGGGUAUUCUCCGGUGGACAAGACGGGUGUGUUAAGGUCUGGGAGCGAGGCAGAGUCGACCCCAAGGCUACCUUAGACGGCCAUAAGGACGCUGUCUGGACUGUCUGCGUUCUCCCAGGCACGUCAAAGUCAGUAUUCGGUGAUCAAUGCAACACCAAUGGAGGCCCCGAUCGUGUACUCCUUGCUUCUGGCGCUGCUGAUGGUAGGAUAUUGAUAUGGGCCAUAAGUGCACCGCCCCAGCUCUCUUCACCCCAGACUAGCUCUAGAAGAAGCGCCGGUGGGAGCAGGCGUGCAAACUCCAUUUCCUCGGGUUCCAAUUUCCCCACGUCUCCUCAACCCAGCACUGCCAGUUCGACUGCAUUCAACUACACACUGGUCCAUCAGAUUGUGAGAAAUGACAUUGCUCCUACCUGUAUCAGCCCGUUGUCAUUGGCGGGAGUCAACUUUGUUGUUUCCUACGCAGAUGCUUCUAUUCUAGUCUAUGAUACCCGGACGGGAGAAGAGAUUGUGGGUAUGGCAAGCCUUGAGACAUAUGACGGCACUCGAGCCACUGGUGUCAAUGCCGUUGUUGCUAGCACCAUUGGUUUCGAUGGUACUGCUAGCCUGGAUCCUAACCGAGCUCUUUCGGAAGAAGAGUCCGUUGUCCAUGGCGCUACGGGCACAAGUGGCGGCGUCGAAGGCGUUGUCAUCAGUGGUUACGAAGACCGUUAUAUCAGAUUUUUCGACGCUAACAGCGGUCAAUGCACAUACACGAUGUUAGCACAUCCAGCAGCAAUCUCCUCUCUUUCGCAGUCGCCAGAUGGACGAGAGCUUGUCUCUGCUGGACAUGACGCAAGUUUACGAUUUUGGUCCCUAGAGAAACGAAGUUGCACGCAAGAAAUCACGAGCCAUAGACUAAUGCGUGGCGAGGGUGUUUGUUCAGUCGUCUGGAGUCAAGACGGAAGAUGGGUUGCUAGCGGUGGCGGUGACGGCGUUGUCAAGGUAUUUUCAAGAUAA